AAUAAAUGUAUUAUGAUUUGUAGCUUGUAGAUUUGUUAAUCGGCUGUUAAGUCUCGAGAAUCAAUGAAUGUAUUUAUGUUCGAAUUAUUGAUAAAUAUAUCGACACACGUUUUUAAGGACUAUAAACUUAUAUACAAAUCUGUCACAUGGCGUUUAGAAGUCUUACCGAGGUUUUUAUUUUGAUGAGAAAUAAUGCUCUCCAAAGUAGACAUAUUUACUCAGAGCAGGUCCUUGAUGAUAGAGUUGCUUUGGUAUCCCAUCAAGAUGUGGAAAAAGGAAUUACACCUAUUAAGGAUUCAAGAAUUCCUCCUGCUUGGGUGGAUGGAGUAGAGGAGAUACAAUAUGAAAUGACCAAGAUAAAACAAAAAAUGAAAGAAAUCUCCAUACUUUAUGACAAGCGUAUGAAUAGACCUACAUUAGAUGACAGUACUGCAGAAGAACGAGAAAUUGAAAUUUUAACUCAGGAUAUUACAAGAAUGUUUAUGCAUUGCCAAAGACUUGUUCAUCAGAUUCGUUCUAAGAGCCAAGGAAGCAGUAUGCAGGAUUCCAGAGUAAAUAAAAAUGUAGUAACAUGUUUAGUUACUUCACUUCAAGAAUUAUCUUCUACUUUUAGAUCUGCUCAAUCAACAUACUUAAGAAGGUUAAAAUCACAGGAAGAAAGAUCUCAAGAGUUUUUUGAUACCCCUCUUUUAGUUGGAUCUACUGAUUCUUCUUUUCAAGAUAAUUAUGCAGAAAAAAUGUUUGAUCAACAAUUUAUUAAAGAGCAACAACUCUUACUUGAAGAUAACACCCAAUUAAUUGAACAGAGAGAGCGUGAAAUAAAUAGGAUUGUACGUUCCAUUGCAGAAUUAAAUGAAAUAUUUAAAGAUCUAGCAAAUAUUGUUGUUGAUCAGGGAACAGUAUUGGAUAGAAUUGAUUAUAACUUGGAACAAGUUCAGACUAAAGUUCAUGAAGGAUUGCACCAGUUGCAGAAAGCAGAAAAUUAUCAACGUAAAAAUCAUAAAAUGAUGUGUAUACUUAUACUUGCUUCUGUUACCGUACUUUUGAUUAUUUUACUUAUUGCGUUUAAAACUUGAAAUUGAGAUUUGUACAGUAUAGUAUUAACAAAAUUAUUAUAUUUUCUUCUUUAUUAUAUAUAUUUAUAAGAUGUCUAAAAUGAAACAUUCCUCUACAGAAUAUUUACAUGUUCUUAAAUAAAAUAAUGUUCAAAUUACAUUAAACAUAUUAUUCAUUGUAAAUUAAGAAAUAUAAAUUCAUGAAACUGUUUUAAAAAGAAUGAUUAUUUAAAUAUCAGUAGGAUCAAAUAAAUCAUGUUCUUCUGUAAAUUUUAUACUCUAUUUUUUAUGCUUAUGUAGGUAUCAGUUGAAAAAUCUAAUAGCACAACUAACAAAUAUAAAAAAUUUUUCUUAAAUAUGUUAGAAUAAUGAAGUAAUUUUGAUGAAAUAACCAUACUACAAUAGAAAUCUUAAAAUGCAGUGAUACUUUUCAAACAUGUUUUUCAUUAAUCACCUUCAGGAUAAACUGGCAAUUGAAUAGAACUUAAUUCUGGUGAAUAUAAUUUAUUGCAUAUAUGUUUAAGUUCUGAAAGCGUGCAAGAUCAAGGAAAAGCUCAAUUUCCACAAGGCAUGCAAGGUGUCUUUUCCAUGUUAAGUUUGAGGAUAUUCCUCCUGGUGUAUUUUUCAUUACCAUAUUAUUUAAAAGUCUGGCAUUCUUUCACUUUGAAUUUUUAGUUCUAGAAUCAU